CAGAACUGAGUUGUAUGAGGAUGCUCCAUCAGCAUGUUGGCCUAUCGUAUAUUCUCCAGACUACAAUAUCACGUUCAUGGGACUUGAGAAACUGCAUCCAUUCGAUGCAGGGAAAUGGGGAAAAGUAAUCAAUUUCUUGAAAGAAGAAAAACUAAUUGCAGAUGACCUGAUUGUACAGGCACGGGAGGCUACUGAUGAAGAUCUCUUGGUUGUUCACACCAGGCGCUACCUUAAUAAAUUAAAGUGGUCAUUUGUUGUGGCUACAAUCACAGAAAUUCCACCAGUUGCCUUUCUUCCCAACUUCGUUGUUCAGAGAAAAGUUUUGAAACCUCUACGAACCCAGACAGGUGGAACAAUCAUGGCAGGAAAACUUGCUGUUGAUAGAGGCUGGGCGAUCAAUGUGGGGGGUGGUUUUCAUCACUGUUCAAGUGACAAAGGUGGAGGAUUUUGUGCAUAUGCUGAUAUCACACUGGCUAUAAAGUUCUUAUUUGAAAGAGUACAAGGAGUGUCUAACGUCACAAUUAUUGAUCUGGAUGCUCAUCAGGGAAAUGGCCAUGAGAGGGACUUUAUGGAUGAUCAUCGGGUAUAUAUUAUGGAUGCAUACAACAGAUAUAUUUAUCCAGGGGAUGGAUUUGCUAAACGUGCCAUAAAACGCAAGGUGGAAUUAGAGUGGGGUACAGAGGACACAGAAUAUCUUCAGAAGGUACAUACUCACGUGGAAGGAGCAUUAAAUGAAUUAAAACCUGACAUCAUUGUUUACAAUGCUGGGACUGAUAUUCUGGAUGGCGAUCCGUUGGGAGGACUUGCUAUUUCGCCUCAGGGAAUUGUGAAGAGAGAUGAAGUCGUGUUCAAGGCUGCCAGAAGCCGCAGAAUCCCAAUCCUGAUGGUGACGUCUGGAGGCUACCAGAAGAGGACAGCACGGAUUAUUGCUGAUUCCAUCCUCAAUUUGCACAACUUGGGGCUUAUUGACAAGGAGCUAGCAGCCAGUGGAGCUGAAAAUCCCAAGGUAGAACAGAUGAUUAGAGACUCUGCUAAAGACUUAACCAACUUGUCACUGCAAUGACAAGUUACUAAAUUUUAGGAAACAACUUCCUGGUUUAGGAGCAGGAAGUCUCCACAUCGUUAUCAGGGUUAAUAUGACAUAUAAAAAACUCAAGUUGCCUGU